UUCAAAGAUAAAAGAGAAGCACACCGGCGAGUCUCCGGCGACCGAACAAUCGUCCCUUUCCGCAAAUUUCUAGGGUUUGCGAGUUUCUUCACUCUUUAGCUUCGUUCCGUCUCGUAGUGUAGAGAACAAAAUUUCGUUUUGGAUGUGUAAAUGAUUGUGUAAGCUCUAGAUUUAGAGUGUGGGAGGGAGAUCACAACGUUUGUUUCUUCUUUGCGUUUUAAAGAUGACAAGCAAUGGUGAAGGUACAGAGAAGUGUAAUCAGGCAAAUGGAUUUGCGAAAGUUAAUAGUUGUGGUGGUGGUGCUAUGGCUAGUUCUGCUAAUGCAAGUUCCAGAGGUAACAAGAAAUUACAAGUGUACAAGCGGAGAAAGCUUGGAAGAAGAUCGGUUUCUGGGAGAAAGUGUAAAGAAGAUGAGAGAGUUUCUGUGGAAGCAGAUGUUAGCCACGCAGGAAGCCAGGAGUCUGUUGCUUCUGAAUUAGAUAAUCAAAAGUUCAGCACAGGAACAGAUGUUACUGGUGAACUCCCCGAGCUUCCAAAUCCAAAUAAACCAACAACUGACCCCAUGUAUGAGACCGUGACGGCCGGAUGCCAGAAUGUUCUGUCUCAAGUUUUAGCUUCAAAGGAGUUUGCAUCUCUAAGUAAGUUGCUUUCCGAAAUCAAGAUUGAAGACCUUACCUGCAGAACUCUCAUAGACACCAGGAUGCAAGAGGGUGUUUAUGAAGUCUCACCUGUGCUCUUUUCAACAGAUCUCCAAGAGGUCUGGCAAAAAAUACAGGAUGUUGGUAAUGAUAUGGCUGUUCUUGGUAAUAGCCUCUUAGAGCUUUCAAAGGUGUUUUCUACCGAACAGUUGAAGAAGUUCUACACUCGGGAAUCGAAGCCUAAUCCUGAUGAAGAGAACAUCAGAAAUGUCUGUGUUUAUGACACUUGCAAGCUAUGUGGAGAGAAGGCAGCAGUGACGGACUGUUUAGCUUGUGAUCACUGUGAAGAUAUGUACCAUGUCUCAUGUGCACAUCCAGGUGGGAAAGGGAUGUCUACGGGCAGUUGGUACUGUAUAAACUGCACAGUUAAUGGAAUCGGAUCACCUCACGAGAAUUGCGUAGUGUGUGAAAGAAUGAAGACAGAUAGCAGACGUGUUGAUAAAAGUACAGAAUGUAAAGAAGAUUCGAACGAAUCCGAAGAGAAUUCAAGCUGCAACAUCAACCAUGGAGGUCACAAAGUAGAGGUGAAGAGAGAUUCUGAACUCUGUAGGACCUGUGGAACAAAAGUGUUGGAGAAUGGCAGGUUCAUAACAUGCGAUCACCCUUUUUGCCCACACAAGUAUUACCACAUCAGGUGUUUGACUGCGAAGCUAGUAAAACUACACGGUGCUCGUUGGUAUUGCUCGUCGUGCUUGUGUAGAAACUGUCUAACUGACAAGGAUGAUGAUAAGAUUGUAAUGUGUGAUGGGUGUGAUGAUGCGUAUCACAUCUAUUGCAUGAAACCUCCACUUGCAUCGGUUCCAGAUGGAGAAUGGUUUUGCAAAACUUGUAAAGCUGCAAUUCAGAAAGUCGGUAAAGUGAGAGAGGCUUAUGAGAAGAAGAUGGGGACUUUGCAGAAACAAAAUGGGAAUCUUAAGAGCAAUGGAGGAAUGGACAUGCUUCUAAACGCAGCUGACACUUUGAAAGGAUAAGGGGAGACUUUUCAAUCCAUUAAAUGAAGGAUGGUAAUAGAAGCAACCAGGCAGUGUAUAUACAGCUUCUUGUCUCUAAAAAGAUUUGUCCAUCUUCCUAACUUUUAAGACUUUUAAAUAUUUGAUUCGUCUCUAAAAAUUUGUGUUCGUUUUGGUAAUUUCCAGAUGGAAUCCUUAAAUCAAAAGUGUCUUAUGAUGUGCUGAAUCUGCAAUCUUCUCAACUGUACAAUGAGCUAGUUUUGCUUCAUAUUUUAAAAACUUUGAUUACAAUCUCUUCUGCUUAGAAGUCGAGGACAUAUCAAAUGACGUGAUCAUAUGCAGCGGAGAGAACACGUGUACACAAACCCGGUGGUUAAAGAAGCAACUGUGGUGGUUAAGGCAGAAAAGAUGUGGGAAAGACUCCCGUGUGCGUUUGUGAGCUUCAAGUAUCAUGACGGGGCUGUGUCUUAAAGA